AUGGCUGGCAAUAAGCUAACGUGGUGGCCGUGGGUUGCUUUGUGGAUUUGUUCGGCGGUGGCAUAUCAGUGCGUUGAGAGUAGGAAGAUAGUGGAGAAGAAGCCAGAAUGGUUUUUUGAUGGCAACCCCAGCGGUGGUUUUAGUGGCGGAAACAGGUGGGGUUUUGGGCAUUCGUUUAGCUUCGGCAAGGGGCUGGGCUUCCGCUUUGGUUUCGGACGUCCUGGUGGCGGUGGCGGUGGUGGAAUGGGUGCCUUUGGAAGGCAUAAUAACUGGCACCACAAUGGAGGUGGUGUUGCUGCUGGUGGAGGCAUUGGUGGCGGGAUAGGAGGUGGUUUUGGUGGAGGAGGAGGUUUUGGCGGCGGUGGUGGAGGAGGAAUUGGAGGCGUGAGCCAGAAAGCCCAUGUUGAUGAGAAAAAAACAUAA